AUAACAAACAAUAAUCACAAUUUGGUUCUUCUUCAUCUUCCUUUUAUUAUCCUCUUCCUUUUGGUUUCUCCCCUUUGCGAAACUCUUCUUCUUCUUCUUCUUCUUCUUCUUCUUCUUCUUCUUCCUCCUUUCAUUUUCUCUCUCCUCAAUUUUUUUUUCCAGGAGAAUCUCUCUUACACAGAUCCAAACUCUUUAACAGAUCUAUAAUUUCCUGAAUUUUCGAUUUUCCAAGAUUCGAUUUUUAAUUUUUCUUACUCAACUAGCUUUAAUUUCAAUCCUCUUCUUCAACGACUCUUUUUCCCCUCUUUUUCUCCAUUAUUAUAUCAUCGCUGUGCCAAUUUUUGGGCAAUGCCGUUUGAUAAUCGAAAAGUUGUUCCGUAUUUUCAAUAAUCAUCGCCGUUGAAUUCGAGUUCUAGGGUUUUUUGUUUUCAAUUUUUUUUCUGGGUUAAUAGUGUUAUGCAGCCCCCUUUUUUCAACUCUUUAUUACUGUUGGAUCUGAUAAGAAGAGCGUUUUUUAUUUUCUAAGAAAUUUUCUGGCUCUCUUUUAAUUUGUCAAAAAAUUGAAGUUUUCUGAUUAAACUGUAGUUUGUACAAAUAGUAGCAAUUAUUUGGUAAAAUCUGUUUGGUUGAUCUAAGGGAGGCUUUUCCCCUCUUAUUUACUUGUAUAAAAAGUAGUAAUUUUUUAGUUUCCUCUAAAUUGUAGUUGGGGCAAGGGUUAUUCUUUCCAUUUUUUUUUUUUUUUUUUUUUUGGGUUCUUUAAAGUUUUAAAUUUGGGUUAGCCUAAGCUGUUUGGGAGUGCUUUACCAUGGAUCAUGUAAUUGGCGGGAAGUUUAAGCUCGGCCGUAAGAUUGGUAGUGGUUCAUUUGGGGAGCUUUACUUAGGUAUCAGUGUACAGACUGGUGAGGAAGUCGCCGUUAAGCUGGAACCUGCAAAGACAAAGCACCCUCAGCUGCAUUAUGAGUCGAAAUUGUACAUGCUUCUUCAGGGAGGCACUGGUGUUCCCCAUCUAAAAUGGUUUGGAGUUGAAGGUGAAUACAAUGUCAUGGUUAUUGAUCUUCUUGGCCCAAGUCUAGAGGACUUAUUUAACUAUUGCAACCGCAAAUUUUCCCUAAAGACAGUUCUAAUGCUUGCUGAUCAAAUGAUCAAUAGGGUGGAAUAUAUGCACUCAAGAGGCUUUCUUCACCGUGAUAUAAAACCUGACAACUUUUUGAUGGGUCUUGGACGGAAGGCAAAUCAGGUGUAUGUCAUUGAUUUUGGCCUUGCAAAAAAGUAUCGUGAUCUUCAAACACACAAACACAUACCUUACAGAGAAAACAAGAAUCUCACAGGGACUGCUCGAUAUGCUAGUGUCAAUACUCAUCUUGGUGUUGAACAAAGCAGAAGAGACGAUCUAGAGUCCCUUGGCUAUGUCCUCAUGUAUUUUUUGAGGGGAAGCCUUCCAUGGCAGGGCUUGAAAGCUGGAACUAAAAAGCAGAAGUAUGACAAAAUAAGUGAAAAGAAAAUGCUUACGCCCAUAGAGGUUCUUUGCAAAAAUUAUCCCUCAGAAUUCACAUCAUACUUCCACUAUUGCCGGUCAUUACGGUUUGAUGACAAGCCUGAUUACUCAUAUCUUAAAAGACUAUUUCGGGAUCUUUUUAUUCGAGAAGGUUACCAAUUUGACUAUGUAUUUGACUGGACAAUAUUGAAAUAUCCACAAAUUGGUUCCAGCUCCCGAUCACGGCCAACUGCGAAACCCGCUUUAAAUCCCGGACCUUCUGCUGAAAGAGCUGAGAGGACUCCAGUAGGACAAGAAAUCCGAGAUAGAUUUACUGGUACAGCUGAGUUAUUUACUAGAAGAAAUAAUUCGAGCUCAGGUUUGCAAGGUGAUUCACGUCAUAGAUCAUCAGAUGAGCCAUCAUCAAAGGAUGUGCAAGCAGAUCGUGAAAGAGGUCGUAUUUCUAGGAAUGGGAGUACUUCAAAGAGAGCAGUUGCAUCAUCAAGUAGGCCAAGCUCUUCUGGUGAGCCCAGUGACGGUCGCUCAAGCAGGUUGAUGUCAUCCGGUGGUCGACUGUCUACAACCCAAAGGAUUCAACCUGGUUUUGAGUCAAAGACAUCUACUCUUGCCCGUGUUUCUGCUGCAAGGCCUGGACGAGAUGACACCCUAAGGAGCUUCGAGUUUCUAUCUAUUGGUGCUGGGAGGAGAAAGUAAGCACUAAGUACAUGCUGAACUAUGUUUUUGGGUGCAUCCUGCUACAAAAUGGAGAUAUAAUCAAGAUCUCAAGCCUAGUUUUUAGAAGGUUUUUCACCUGGGUUGUUCUCUAUGAAAAUGUAAAUGAUCAGUUCCAAAUCUGACACUCGUAAAGCUUAACGGGAUAUUCCAUUUCCUUGCAAAGAUUGUGCUCUCCCAGAUCCUUUCACCAUUAAAUGGCUGUAAAACCUUCAUUUCCUUCCUACCAUCCCAAGAAGAAAAGAAAAGGAGAUCGCACUAGGAAAUUGUCUAUAUGUUGAGACUUGGACAGUGAUGUUUGCAAUGAAUAAUUUUGUUGUACUAUAUGAUGAAACAAUUUGGCAAAAGAACAAUAUGAUGUUUUUAUUACUUUUUUGUGCUAAUACAGAUUUAUAAUUAUCACUUAAUCU